CUGGCUGAUGACGAAGACGGAAGUGAAAGAAAGGAACCAGGGGGUUACCUGCGUCAGGGGACCCGGAAGCGGAAAUGGCGCGCGAGAGCCAGGCAGAGAGACGGACUGACAAACCCUGGCUGUGAGGGAACCAAGGCCGGGAUGGUCACAAGGUCACUGGUGCUAGCAGCAGCCCAGUCCUGGCGCUGGACUUGUUGCCACCCGGCCCCACCCGGGCAACCAUGAACGGAAGUGCGGUGCCCCUGUCACCAGCAGGUGGAGGGGUUGUGGCAGAACCCAUCUCUCUCCCCUCUCCUGGCUGGCGGGAAUUUUGCGAGGCUCAUGCUCGUGCAGCUGCAGUGGACUUUGCCCGUCGUUUCCGGGCCUUUCUUGGUGAGAACCCACAGUUUGCCACGCCUGGGGCAGAAGCUGCCUUCUCACGCCGCUUUGCUGAGCACUUCCUGGAGCAUUUUGAGGCAGAGGUGAGCCGGGCCUACGCCAGCGACUCGCCCCCUCGGUGUGACAUUGCUCCCUUCACUGGCUGCACCUCAGCACGUGACCUCUCGGAGACUUGCAGUGACUCAUCAGUUGCUUCCCCUGUGGAGCCUCCACUCGGGCCACCCUCUGGCCUCUCCAGCAGCCAGUCCCGGAGUUCUGAAGAUGUUUCUACUGUGGCUACCGUUACAGCCACCAAACCAAAGCUGAAGAAGCGCUUUUCUUUGCGCAAUGUUAGCCGUAGUGUCCGAGGCAGCAUGCGUGGCAUCCUGCAGUGGAAGACCUCGGCCGAAUCGUCCCCUGUUGAUGGUGAUGAGGCAACCACUGGAGCGAACAGCAAUUCCAACUCCUCAGGAGGUGGCGACUCUGAGCGAUGGACUCACCGAUUUGAACGCCUGCGGCUGAAUAAAGCCUCUCCAGCUGCCCCACGCAUUGAACUUGCUAGUGUGCGUCGUGAAGGCCUACUGAACUACAUUGUUGCCGAUGACGGGGCAGGCGGGGGAACCAGGACACGCUGGCAAAAAUGCCGUCUUCUCCUGCGCAAAGCAGGAAAAGGGGAGGGGGAGGGUUACCUGUUGGAGUUCUACAUCCCGCCAAAGGCAUCAAAGCCCCGGGUCAGCAUUGCCUGUUCUUGUGUAGCAGAUGUGCGAACAACAACACCCCUGGAAAUGCCUGACAAGGAGAACACCUUUGUGCUCAAGCUGUCAAGUUCCUUGGAGUAUAUCCUUGAGACGGUUGACUCGCUACAGAUGCGCUCAUGGCUGGCAGACAUUCAGGAAUGCAUGGGCCUGGGAGAGAGCACUGAUAGCUUGGAGCAGCCCUGCAUGAACCACUCGGAGAGCAUGCCCAGCCGGGAGCUUCCCAUGGUGCCGAGUGAGAGCAGUGAACAGCUUAGCCAAGGUGCCUACGGUGGGCUGAUGGACCGCCCAUCUGCCUCCAUGUCCCCCAGCUCCGUCUCCAUUGCUGCCUCGCACUUUGACUCAAUGGAGCUACUUCCUCCUGAACUGCCUCCUCGGGUGCCUAUCGAUGAAGGGCCAUUUCCUCCCAGCCUCCUCCAUACAGCCUUCCCUGAAACCCCAGAUGCCACAGGUUCCUUCCUCUUCCAAGGGGAGCCAGACCCAGGUGGAGGAAGUUUUGGUGACACAGAUCACCCACUCUCUGAGUACCCGUGGUUCCAUGGCACUCUGUCCCGUCUCAAAGCGGCCCAGCUAGUGCUGGCUGGGGGAGCCAGCAGUCAUGGUGUCUUCUUGGUACGGCAAAGUGAGACACGGCGCGGCGAAUACGUCCUGACCUUUAACUUCCAGGGGAAAGCCAAGCACCUCCGCCUCUCCCUGAACGAGGACGGGCAGUGCCGGGUUCAGCAUCUCUGGUUCCAGACCAUCUUUGACAUGCUGGAGCACUUCCGGGUCCACCCCAUCCCCCUCGAGUCAGGCGGUUCAAGUGACGUGACGCUCGUCAGCUACGUCGUUGCUUCACAGCGGCUGCACGGCCGGGACCGGGCUGGGAGCCGAGCGCCGGUGUCCGGGUUCAGUGGGGACCCUGACUCGCCCCCCAACCUCAUCUCCAUCCUUGCUGCCGCCUCCGCGGGUGACUGCGUAACCGAACACCUCUCGUAACCUGCCACCACCACCUCCUCUCCCUCCAGCGCGGCCACCUCAAGUUCCCCCAGACCGAGGACUGCCGGAGGCUGAGAGGCAAGUGGAGGAGGAGGAGGAGGGCCUGACGGAGCCAGAGGUGGACGAGGGAGCAGCUGCGAGAGGAGGGGGAACCCACCCCCUGCCGGAGGAGUCGGAAGGACGAGCCAGGGCUGUGAACAACCAGUACUCAUUUGUCUGAGCCCCCCACCCCUCCCCCGGGUCUGGGAUGGAGGAGGGGACCAGCCUCACCACAGUGCCCUCCUGAUAUCCCCAAUGGAGAUCUGACUCUAACCGUGGGUACAAGAUGGGCUUGAAUACCCAAUAGACUUCUACACUUUCCUCAAUAACCUUUUCUGGGGGCAGGGGGGACCGGUCUUUCUUUCUCAGCCUCCCCUCUUUCCCUUGGGUAUGGAGCAAAUAUCUCUUCCGCUUGGCCCCCUCCCCCCAAAUGAAGGUACAAGACCCUCCCCCUGGUUUCGUGCUCCCAACCUGUAACAGCUUGGUGUGCACUACUUUAGGCCCUGUUUGGUUGCUAAGAGAUUGGCCUGCUCUCCCGCCCCCCCCCCCCGAAAAAAAAUACAAUUUGCAAUGGGGCAGAAGCAAUGACUGUAAAACACUACAUGGAAAGGGGGGAGGGAAAGUAUCCCCAGGCUCUGCUUCUUGACUCCAGACAUAGUGUCUUUCACCCCUAACCUUUUUCUUGCUGAAUGUAUGGAGUCUCUGAAUGUAACACCCUCUCCCUCCUCAUCUCCUCUCGGGGUGGUGAGAAGGGGGGAAGUCUGGCUCCCUCCUCUUUCCAGCUCUGAAAUAUAUUUAUAGCCUUUCUCCUUGCCUCCUUUCUCCCCCCCUCCCCAAUUGGGGCCUGGCCACACUCUACAAAGCCUCUGCCACCCCCAGGUAAAUUUAAAGAUGCUAUGAAUAUAUGCCCCUUGCCUCAGCUAUUGUCCUCCCUCCCUUCCUUCCGCUCCUUCUUCUCCCUAAGGUUUAUUUUUCUACUGUGGACUAGCUGGACUGCUCAGGCCCCUCCCUCCAUCAAUUCUCUCUUUUUUAUUUGCUCUGAGGUACUGUUUAUCUGUGUCUUUUUUUUGUUGUUUAACUUUUUUUGGGAGUUUGUAUGAAAAUAAAGGAAACAUCAUUUUA